AUGCCUAGACUUGACUCUGAAUCAGAAGACGGUAGAUUCAGGUCUCGGUGUCUGUGAGGUCAUGGGUGCGAAGCAGGAAUUACUACAUGUCAACAGCACUUGUGUAACGCCGGUCCACCUGUACAUACACGUCCCAGAGCAAGAGACCGCUGUCAUAACUAAGCUGGAAGGGCUUAGCAAAGCCUACGGAGAACAGGAAACCAGCAGCAGACACAAUGACAUGAGAUUAGUAUCGAGUGAAGCCCCUAAACGUGAUGUCGACACGACAGAAACCAGCCCUUUCCAGCUUUCACAGGAAUAUGAUGAAAGUCAGAGCCGAGCAGCUCAGGUGAACUUCCUCAGUAUCUCAGAUCACACUUCACAGAAGUUACGUUGCCAGGUGUGACAUCAGCACAGACCAAACAAACGCAGAGCUUUAGGGAGGAGACACAGGUCAGACUCAAUCAGCACCUGUUUGACAAUCUCUGGACUUUAACACUCGGGACCUGAGACGGACUCUGUACUGUAGAAGAAGAGCUUAAAAAACAGGACAAAACUGCAAAGAUCUCUUGGGUUACGAAACGCCUCAAUCGUUUGUUGGCUUCAGACCUCAGAUGUUCAGAUGUGGGCGUGAAACACAUGCACACUUUCCCAGAACAGAGCUUUCUGCCACCAGCUGACGCUCAUCACAUGCUGUCACGCUGCUGAAGAUGCCCUUGAGGACGUCUUUUCUCCGCAAACCCACGUCUGGACGCUGGCAGAGGAGGCUAUCGAACCGAAGGGAGGUUUUGUCGGUCAACAUGAUCAGCCUGCCCCUGGGUGAUUUCCGUCACCUGUCUCACAUCGGCACGAGCGGACACACGGACAGUUUCGGAGACCUUCAGUUCUUGAAGAAAGGCCACAGUCUCCUGCUGCAGAGCUCCAAGAGUGAGCAGAACCUGUUCCUCCCGCCGCCGCCCAAGCCUCCCCGCGUCAACCUGGACGGAGCGGACCGGUGCGGCCCGAUCUGGGAGCAUCAGAGGCAGAAGUGCAGCUCGCUUCCCCUCCUGGACACGGAGGAAGAGGAGGAUGAGUGUCCACACACGGAGCCGACCGGCAUCAGCUGGAGUCCUGCUCGCGGAAGCCUGAGCUCUGGACGGGAUUCGACCCAAACCAACCCAGAGGAAACACAGCCGGACCAAACAGACACAGCGUUCACAUUCAGUCUGGAUCUGGGACCCUCCAUACUGGACGCCGUGCUUCAUGAACAUAUCUCUGUGUUUUUGGUUGAAAUUGUGAUAUGUGUAGUGCUGGACGAUAAAGCCAAAAUAAAUCAUAUCUCUGUGUUUUUUGGUUGA